AUGAGUGAGCCCCCAAAAGUCCGUAAAUCGAGGUCUUCUGGACCAUAUGACCCAUAUUUACCUAAGGAAGGUACUGCUGGCGGCCCACCUUCAAAAACUGUGGAAAUCCAAAAACAAAUCGAUGAGACAGUAGGAAUUAUGCGUGAUAACCUUAAAACUGUUGCUGAGAGAGGAGAGGGAUUAGAUACUUUACAUGUCAAAACUGAAAAUUUAUCAGUUUCAGCUCAAGGAUUUCGUCGUGGAGCAAAUAAAAAAGCUUAUUAA